AUGGAGCCGACGAAAUCCCUCGAGCCGGGCUGUCUGCUCGUUCAAUCUACCAGUCACACUUCCACUUACUGGCUACGCUGCUUCGCACACCCACCAGACGCGUGCCUGCGCUGCCAGGCGGAGAGCAAGCAGGACAGCCGGCAGGGGCGCGCGGGCCAGCAGGACUGCGUGGUGGUGUGGGGCGAGUGCAACCACUCCUUCCACUACUGCUGCAUGUCGCUCUGGGUCAAGCAGAACAACCGCUGCCCGCUCUGCCAGCAGGAGUGGUCCAUCCAGCGCAUGGGCAAGUAGGCGGCGGCGGGACUGCACUGGCCGUCGCACACUUCGGGAUCAUACUAUGUAAUGGUUGUGGAAUAAAAUAAUCACCUGGGAAUGCAUCA